AUGGGACGUGAGGAGCAUGGAGGGACUUGGCAUGGACGCAGCUCAACUGGAUACGCAAAGGAAGAAGGAAGCCAUCUUGAAGACCAGCUCGACCACCACUCGACCAACGGUCGAGUUCCUCAACUCGGCCAAGCUUCAACUCGAUCGAGCUGGAAGUCAAAGUCAAACCCGAAAAAUGUGUAUGCGAACUCGAUCGAGUCGGUCUACAGAAGACUUGGUCGAGCUAGACUUACAACGGGUAGAAAGAGGGUUCAGAGGUCACAGAGGGUACAAGAGGAACCUGAGGUGCUUGUUGCUGAUACAAUGGAUGUACCAGAGGGGAAUGGAAACCCUUUGGGCAAUGGACUCGGUCGAGCUAGGCAAACUCGACCGAUUGGUCAAGGAGAUGCUCCAAACCGCCACCAACAGAGACAAGGGAUUGUUCCACCACCAGUGCAGAACCACAACUUUGAGAUCAAGCUGGGAAUGAUCAACCUUGUCCAGAACAAGAUGUUCCAUGGAUUGCCAAGUGAAGACCCCAUUGACCACCUUGAUGAGUUUGAUAGGCUUUGUGAUUUGACAAAGAUCAAUGGUGUCUCUGAAGAUGCCAUCAAGCUGAGACUCUUUCCUAUGUCUCUAGCUGACAAAGCUCACCAAUGGGAGAAGAGCUUGCCCCAUGGCACAAUCACCACUUGGGAUGAAUGCAAGAAGGCCUUUCUUGCUAAGUUUUUCUCCACCGGUCGCACAGCCAAGCUUAGAGGAGAGAUAUCCAGCUUCAUCCAGCGAAACAAUGAGACAUUCGCAGAGGCUUGGGAGAGGUAUAGAGAGAUGUUGGACACAGCCAGCAAUGGGAACUUCCUCAACCAGGAUGUGGAUGAUGGCUGGCAGCUUGUGGAGAACAUGGCCAUAUCAACAGAAUGCUAUGGAGAGCAUUAUGAAGUACAGACUGGAGCUCGACCGCGCACUCGAUCGAGCUGGAGCACAGAUGAGAAAAGACAUGCUUGCACUCAACUCGAAGAGGGGAGGAGACAUGAGGUUGCUAUUCAAAAUAGACAAGCUAUAGGAAUCCUCAACAAGGGAAUAAGUUAUCCCCUGGCCGCAACAACAAAGUGUUCCACAAGGCUUUCAACCAAAGGACUACUCAUACCCAACCCAAGAUUGGGAUAUGAAGGAAAUGCUCCAACAACUUUACAAGGGCAAGCCAAAGGUUCUCUGGAAAUGAACAACAAGCUGGUUGAGAUACACUCUAAACUAGAGUCAUUGACUUCAAGAGUCCAAAUCAUUGAGUCUUCAAGUGCAUCAUCCUCUUCACCACAAGAGUAUGCCCAAGCAGUUACACUAAGAAGUGGGGAGGCAAUUCCCGAGUUCAAGAAACAACUGUUGGAAGCACACAAGGCCAAGUUUGAUGAACUAAUGAGACAACUUGAGCUGAAGUUGCCUUUCAUCGACGCCUUGAUGCUCAUUCCACCUUAUCAGAAAUUUCUGAAGGAUGCUGUUCAGCAAAGAACCAGGGAAGCACAAGGGAUGGUAGUGUUGACUCGUGAGUGCAGUGCAAUCAUUCAGCGGAAGGUCAUCUCCGACAAAAAGGAAGAUCCGGGGAGUUUCACUUUGCCUGCAUGUUGGGACCCCUAUCUUUCAAAAACAGCCUCUGCGAUCUAG